AUGGAAGCUGCCCCUGAAUACUCGCUUUUUCUCGUCCGGAUCUUGGAAGAACUGGAUACGAAUCACAGCACGGUUUCCUAUCAGGAUCUGUGUAAAUUGCUUUGUGCUCGUUUUGAUUUAACUCAUUUGGCAAAGCUGAGGAGCCUUUUGUUUUACACUGCCUGCUUGGACCCGAAUUUCCCAGCCACUCUUUUCAAAGAGAAAUUGCGGUGCAAUGUGGACAGCCCCCAGUCCAAAAAGAUCAUGAUAGCCGCCGAUAUCGUCACCAUGUUUAAUCUAAUUCAGAUGAACGGGGGGAUCGCGAAGGAGAAACUGCCUCACAGACACCAACACAAGGUGAGAAAAAACCAGCCUUUUGAUUGCUGUCGAUCAGAUACAGAAAUCUGUCGGGUUCGGUCCCCUGUAUCCAGCCAUGACUCAAUGGACAGAGAUGGUUGCAGUGAACACUCGGCAGCAGGAGGCUCGAAUCUAUGUCCUACAGCUGACUGUAAGGACUGCCAACGUCUCAUUUGCACUUCAGAUCCCAAUUUUUUCCUCGGGAUCAGAAAUGAAGGGAUAGAGGAGAAUAAAGACAGGGCGGCCUCACUUGACCGACUCCAAGCAUCGCCAACUUUUAACAGUAUAGAUCCUCAGGCAUGUGUUAUGCAGACAACAUACUUCCCCAUGGACCCCAGCCAGGAUUCAAACUCAGAUCAAGAUUCCCCGAGCAGAAAAGCGGACAGGAAUGGGACAUUUGAUUCCAGCGACGAAGCCUUCACUAUCUCUCCCCCUGUACAUGGCAGACCUAUGUUCAAUGGAGAGCUGCAGGACAUGCUGCCUUGCAUCGCCAAGUUCGUGCCAAUGGACAAAGAGUCUGAGGAUGAGGACAAUGGCUCCCACCUUCGAAAAAGCGGGUCACGUUUCUCCACUUUUUUCAGUAACAGUUUUGAGAUGCCUUACAACAAUCCCUACUGUGACUCAAUGCCGUUCACAAGUCAAGAGAAACGAUACGUCAAACACGAAAGUUUAGAUGACCUACAAGGAAGCACCUACUUUGGUCCCAGUACAAUAUCACAAGAGCCCAGGAAGCUCUCCUCUAAACCAAACAAGCCGGCGUCCUGGCUCCUAAAGAGCUGGAGUUUGAACAAUGACACAGCUCAGGACAGUGAGCAGUAUUUUGCUGGUGAGAAACCCAGCCCUCACCGUUAUCAGGGCAAUGUCAAGGAGGAGCUGCUGGCCGAGGCUCGCCAGAGGCAGGCGGCGGCAGCGGCGGAUGCGAUCAGCACCAUGGACAGGGCACAGGCUUACUUCAAACAGGCGGCUGCAGGGGGCGACGAGUCGCUGGGCGCAGCAGGCAAACCAUUCAGCUCAAAACUGGUGGCGUCCGGCCAUUGUAACCCAAGGAAAGUGAAAGAUAAGAGUGUGAACUGCACGUCGCAGGCGCAGAGCUUCGAGAAGACAACAAGCGUGGGCACCCAGACAGAACAGGCUGUCCGGGGCAAGGGGAAGGAUGGUAAUCAUAGGCAUCAACCCAAGUAUGGAGACAAAGUGCCCCUGAAACAUUCAGACGAGGAUUCCGAGGGUCUCAGUGACGAUAUCAGUGAUAUAUUUAGGUUCCUGGACGAUAUGAGUUUGAAUGACUCCACUGGACUCUUGCAGUCCUGUUACAACAGCAGCGGUUCCCUGCCCCAUCUGCCCAAAUCAGACAGUGGCAGCCUGGAGCGGACCCCGGUGAAUGCCAACGCCCCCCAGAAGGAUCAGGGCAAAGGGCUUCUCUCCAACCAGCCCGGAGACGAGGAACUCAAGAUGAGCGUCUGCAAACUGGUGCUGAGGAUCGGCGAGAUCGAGAAGAAAUUGGAAAGUCUGUCUGGGGUUCGGGACGAGAUCUCCCAGGUCCUGUCCAAACUCAAUAAACUGGACCAGAAGAUCCAGGAGCCGGCAGGAGAGAAAUUGUCCCCUGCCAGCAACCAGGAGAGUCUCCGAGUCAAAGCCCUGAGAAAAAAUUUGUUUGUCAGAAGAUCUUCCAAGUCAUUAACAGAGGAGAAUAGCGCCACCGAGUCCAAGAUUGCCAGUAUUUCCAACUCUCCCCGGGACUGGAGGGUCGUGGGCAACAACAGCGAACCUGGCAUCACCCUGGAGGAGGGCAAGCAGCAGGUGGUAACCGACAGCAAAGAUUGGCAGCGCAAGACCAGAGAGUUAGAUCGACGAUACGUCAUUUCACAAUCACACAGACCAUCAAAGCCAGGGAAAGAUUCUCUUCUGAUUGAACAAGUCUUCAGCCCACACGCUUAUCCCAAUUCCAUGAAGUCCCACAUGAAAAGCAAUCCAUUGUACACAGACCUCCGACUGACUGAAGUCUUGGAGCAAAAGCGACCCCAGCCAUCAUGGACCAUAGAGGAAUACAACAGGAAUGUUAGUGAAAAGGCCAAAUCUGCUGUUUUGGAUAUUCAGAAUCAAGAAUCGUUAAAUCCAAAUAACUUAGAAUACUGGAUGGAGGAUAUUUACACUCCAGGAUAUGACUCCUUACUGAAACGAAAAGAGGCUGAAUUCAGGAGAGCAAAGAUCUGUAAGAUGGCUGCUUUAAUUGCAGCAGCAGUGUGUACUGUGGUUUUGGUUAUUGUAGUGCCCAUUUGCACUAUGAAAUCUUAA